AUGAGCAACGACGGCCCCCAGCCCAUCUCGGACGAGGAGGUGAUUCGCUUGACCAAAGCAGCCUUUCAGACUUCACGCAGCGACAUUCGCGCAGCUGCCGAGAGCGCGCCGCGAGAGCUGCAGCAGCAACAGCCGGGCAUCACCAUCGACCUCGGCCACAAGCACAUCUCCCGCCUGCCAGAUGAGGUCAUUGAUGUCAUCCGUGCUGAGAUUGAGAGGUUCGGCUGUCCCGCGCCCGCAUCGCUUGCGGCUCUCCCCACGCACGAGACGUGCCACAUUGCCAAUCUGACGUCACUCAAAGUUUUGGCAAUUGCGAAGAACCGAAUCGAAGAGCUGCCCGUAUGCCUCGGAGAAAUCAACAGCUUGCAGGUCCUGAAGCUAGAUGGCAACCCGCUAGUUUUCCCUCCUCCCGAUGUCUGCACAAUCAAAGAUGAGCGCCAGCGCGUCGACAUGGAACGUCUGCGGGUUGAGUCGUCUGGGGACGAGAGCUGGACCGAGAGCAAUCCCGAAACCCCACGUCCCUCGAAGCGGGCAAAUGGUGUUCGCUUCCCAGUGAGGCCAAGCGUAGGAGGAGGUAUUGAGGGGUUUCCGAGCGGAAAAGCUGAGUCUCCCGGAAUACCUGCGCCACCCAUCCCUACCAGAUCCCAUUUCCGCGUGGGUUCGUCAACAAGCAACAGUGGCUCCAAGAAACCGCCCAUCGCCCCAUUGGUCCUCUCAACCGCGCAGAACGAGCGGAACCGAAGCCAGAGUGAAGGCUCGGGCCAAUCGACCCAACGGCAGAAACGCAUGGGUAUCUACACGAACAAGGGCUCUGAGCUUGGGUCCGUGGACGAACUUCGAAGAGCGAGUCACUUCCGCGGCUUCAGCCAAGGUAUUGUCGUUCCUGCCAACUCCUUAGCGAAUGGCAUGUCUGGUCCUGCUACGGCGAUCGGGUACGGUGACACCGGAACCGUUCGGUCGCUUGCUAACCGCCCACUGUCUGAUGUUCGCGAAUACCGACGAGGUUCACGUGCCCCAGACAUUGUUGUUGAAGCUGCGAAGAACUUUCUUUAUGCUAUAUCUGUGCUGCACGACUGUGUCUCGCAUAUGGUUCGGUCAAUAAGCUUGACAGCGCGGGACAAGGAGAGCCUCCACCGCAAAGAGGAUUUCUACCGUCGAUACCAGAAGACAUCCCUGGACCUCCGAGCGCUGAAUGACGUUCUGCAGAAAUUUGACUCUUUGGUGGAAGAGGAUGAGGAGGACGCAGAAAGGUUGUCGCGAAGUGUGUACGUGUACACGCUUCGAUGCUUAGAUUCUUUCAUGUCGAUCAGUCUGUCAAUCGCGGAAAACAGGACAGAGAUCGCCCAGAAUGCAAAUCCGCGGAUACAGGGUACCCUGAUCGAGCUGAGAAAUGGUUGCUCGGUGCUAGGUGCACAAUUCAAAGACACCAAAAUGAAGAUUCGCAGGCCCAGUGCAGCGGAUACAGCAACCGUACGCGCGCGACAAUUCAAGGUCCGACGUUUCCCAACCUCGCCUCCACAGCGAAACGGAAACCACCAGAUGCCCCCGCCAGUCAUCUUGCACAGCAACGACAACAGCCGGACAAAUACCAUGACUAGUAUUAGUGCCGCUACACCAAGGUCUGGAGAAUCCUCCUUCACACUCGCAACCACCAUGUCCCGAUCCAAUACGAUGACGAGCAAUUUCGAUGAGGGCGAUGAAGAUACUCAGUUUGGCAGAGUGUAUCAGAAGCUCAGAACAGCAUGUGACAACUGCAACACAUCCAUACCCCAGAUUACACAAUUACUCAGGGAUCAGCUGGAAAUUUUGAGACGAGAACUAGACAUGGAUCAUCCAAGGUAUCGGGCAUUAGUAGACCUCAUCGAAAAGAGCAACGAUGUUCAGCAGGUGACAAUACCGCUGGGAAAGCGUUUGUACCUGAUGCCGCCCCAAGAUAGCUACACCAGAGGUCAACCCGAGUUCUGGCAGCAUUGCAUGGGCUUCAUCAAGGCUUGGGGUGAACUAGCUGCCGCAUAUACACAACAAGGAAAAGACCAUAAACUCCUGAGCUUCGAGGUAAAGCAGCUUAUGAAGCCCCUGCACAGAAUGGUAAAGGAAGCAAGUCUCGUCAUCAAUGAUUCACCUUGGAGCCAUUUGACGUCGAACAACUCUGGCAUGAUGGGCCCACCAAGCUUGUCGUCCAUGACAUCACGUACAUCAGCUCCAAGGUUUCUAGGGAGACCUACGAUGGUUUCGGGUGGAGGACCAUCGUUCCCAGGACCCAUCAACACCUCUCUACCAGCCGUUGGAAACUCUUUCCCCUCGGCAACUAUGAGCGUAAACUCGGCUGGCUAUCCCACACCAGUUCCUGCGACACCGCUGAGUGCGGCGUUAGGUGCGGCCGCACAAGCCACUGUCCCGAACACACCAGGUUUACGAUCACAAUCGACAAGCACAGUGAAUUUUUUUGAGCGAGCAGAUCGCCUGAUGAGUCAGCCUAACAGGCGAAUCUGAUGCCAUCGAUCUGCGCAAGAAUGCUCGUCUCCUCUUCAUUCUACGAUGUUGGCAUACACCCAGAUGUCUCAUUCUCCACUGCAAAAUAGUCUAUUAGCAACGGCGUUGUCCGGAUUUCACUCACUCAUUGGCAUUAUGGUUUGCAUAUGGUUGGCGUUUCCAGGUUAGGUGCAUAUCAUGGAGUGCAGUAUGGUUGGGCAUAUCUGGCGGAGUGUUUUACCAUUAUCUAUAGGCCAUGCAAGGUCAGACGCUGGUCGUCCACAGCAAGUGGCCCACCUAGCGUAAUGUUUAAGCCCGAACGAUAUCGGAGCAAUGAGAAAAUUCAGCAGAGGCAAGAAUAC